AUGGCGACUCAUACAACGGACCAGCCGUCGACGGCAGCUCAGAGCACUCCUCAGCAGGCAGCAUCCGGAUCGCGACCACAGAGUAGCCACGAGGCAUUGUCGUCAAGUCCUGUGGAGAUGAGGACGCUGCAAUCAUCCGCGGCUGCGCCGGCGCCUAUGAACCCUACACUCCAAUCCUCAGGGACCCUCGAGCCCGUACCAGCAGAGUCGUACGUACCGCAUGUCGACGAACUCAACGCUGCCGGGAGCACACAACACGCCACCACGUCCGCGAAAGUGGCGCCUCCCGCUGAACUCACGCGAGCUGAGACACAAGCCAUCGGCCCUUCGACAGACACACCCGCCGCGAACCCUGACAACUCCAAUGGCCCAGUAUUAGUGAUAAUGCUGCUGCUCACGACGGGCGCUCGACAUCCGUACAAGAUUGACGAGAGAUAUUUGAAGAAGCGCAAUGUCAUAGUCGACGACAUGGAUCCGUACAACAUCAGUGUGUAUACGCUCAAGGAGCUAAUAUGGCGGGACUGGCGAGAAGAAUGGGAGCCCAGACCCACCUCACCAAGUUCGAUUCGACUAAUACAUUUUGGCCGCAUGCUAGACGACAAAUCGCCACUGAAAGAUUGUCGGUUCCAAGUUGACACUCCGAAUGUCGUCCACAUGACUGUCAAGCCCCAAGAAGUGGUAGACGAUGAAGACGCAAAAGGUGGCAAAAGCACGAGCAGAAGAGAGAAUGAGGAAGAACCAACAGCCGGUUGCCGCUGCGUAAUCCUAUAG